AUGGACCGACCAAAUCUCAAUUACAAUCAAGCGCAACACCAAGAUCGUCGUGACCUUCAAAUGCAAUACAGAAAUCUUCCUGGGCAAACAGCUUUUCCUGGGAGACCAGUCAUCCCUGGACAACCUGGUCAACAAGUAAAUUUCCCAGUACAAACGUACCAGCAACAACAACCAGUAUACAACACUCAACACACGCAGCCAUUAUCUCAACAGAUCUCUCAACAAAUACCACCAGCUAGUCGUAAUCAGAACCACUCAAAUAAUAAUACAAAACAAUUUACAAAUGGUUUAAAUGCAAAUGAACGUCGAGCGAAUGUCGGAACAAACGCAAUAAAUAAACCUCAAGUCGGUACCCCGUCUGCUUCGACUAAUCAGAAACCAAAAGUGGUUCCGGCGGAGCCUGUCUCUUGGCAGAUCCCACCUGGUGCACAACAACAACUAAGUCAGGUACAACAAAAACUGAGUCAGCAAAUUGAAACGCUCGAACGUCGUAUAACUGAAAAUUUAUUUGACACGGAAGCGUGGUUAGCGUUACUUGAUGAAUUGAAAGAAAAAGGCGAUACAAAUAAAAUUAGAGAAACAUAUAAAAGUUUUACAGACAAAUUUCCCACAGUGUCUCGUCAAUGGAUUGAAUAUCUUAACUUCGAAUUAAGCCAAGAUGAUAAGAGUAAAGUUCAAGAACUAUAUCCAAAAUCUUUUCGUUAUUCUAUUUCCGUUGAACUGGCUAAGCAUUAUAUCGAAAAUGUGCGGAAUCAAGUUGAAGCUAGUAUUCCACCAGAGACUGAUCCUAUUGGAAGCAUUAUAUCUAUUUAUAAGUACGCGUUGAAUCACGUCGGGUUGGAUAUAGAAGCGGGUAUUAUUUGGCAAGAUUAUUUAAAUUUUUUAAACAACCUUGAACCUACUGAUAACAUAUUGAGUGAGUUGCGGGAUGCUUAUAAACAAGCUUUAAAAAUUCCGUUGAAUAAUAUUGAGGAAAUAUGGAAGAGUUACAAGAAAAAUGAGAAGAAAUUAAACCUUCCGAAUCAGCAGCCGAUCAAGAAACAACAAUAUGAUCGUAUUUCCACAGUUGUUAAAGAUUUACGUCGGUUCACUGAUAAAAUUAAUAAGAAUGUAAUUCCGAUCCCUUUGAAAUGGACAAAGUCGGAAAUAGAACAGAAACAUUAUUUGGAAAAAUGGAUUGAAUGGGAAAAAUUCAAUCCGCUUAGACUCGAGUCGGUGGACCUUUCAAAGAGAAUCAUAUUCGCUUACAAAAAAGCCAUGAUGUACAUGCGAUACUACCCCAAGAUAUGGCAUGAUACAGCCGAGUACUUGAUCUCGAUUGGAGACGAAGAUUGGGUCUCAAUUAAAAACAAAAAAAUUGAAGCAAAGGCAUUGUUUGGGUCCUUUUUGGGGAAAGAAUUUAAAGAAACGAAGGAAGAAAUAGCAGUUAAUUUAUUGAGUACUGCGAUUGAAAUUAUGCCAGACAGUUUGAUGGUUAACUUACGUUACGCGGAACUUAAGGAGCACCUUAACCAAAAUCUUUACCGAAAUCGUGAUGCUAAUCGUGAUGCUUUUCAAAAAGCUUUUUGUGAAAAUUUUAAAAUAUAUGAAUCCCUCUUAGAAAUUAUGAACAAAAAAUACGAAAAGAUUGAACAAGAUAUACAGGCAGAAAUUGAUGCCUUGAUGAAGAGGCACGAUGCCAAGGAAACCGAAAAUACCACCUAUGAAGAUGGUGAGACUCGUGAGAUAAAAAGAAAAAAACAAAUAGGACUCAAAAAUGAGAUUUCGGAGAUUGAAGAACGCAAGAAACAACAAAUUGAUAAAAUAGUUUCGGCUGGUGGUGUUAUUUGGAUAAACCUAAUAUCCUUUGUAAGACGUGUGAAGGGUUUAGAAGAGGCUCGUAAAUUAUUUUAUGAAAAAGCUGCGCCGUCUCAUCUUUGCACAUAUAAUGUAUAUACAGAAUUCGCAUCAAUGAAUUCCAAAUUUGCUCAUAAAUAUGUAAAAAAUGUUCGACCCGCUUUCGGUGUUGGUGAUAAUUCUCCUAGUGGAGAUGACAUGAAAAUUUUCAAAUUAGGAUUGGAUCAGAAAGAAUUAGCAGAAAAUCCUAAUUUCGUGGUUGAAUACUUAAAAUUCUUCAUAGGAAAAAAUGAUCAUAUUAACAUACAUUCGGUCUUUGAGAAAUACAUUCAGUUAAUUCCUCCUGAUAAAAGUAAAAUACUCUGGGAUAUUUACUGUCCAUAUGUAUACAAAUAUUGCACACUCUUUAAAAUAAGGAAUACUGAAGAGCGUAGGAGAGUGAUUUAUCCCCAAGAAUCUUCGAUAAAGAGAUUUGCUGACCGAUUUGGCUUGCCAGAUACAAGUUUAUUAAGGAACGAAGUUGGCACACAGCUUGACCAUACUACAACCACAACCGCGAAAGUACCAGCGGUGGUAAGAAAUAAAAAAGAAGUACGUGAACCCGCCGCUCCUGAACGGCUGGCUUUAUUGAAAUCAGUGAGCCAAGAAGCGUUUAUACGUCCGAAAAUGCAAUCAUCAUGGCAAUUAUAUGAUCAAUCGGAAGUAGAAAAAGAACAGCCAACCGUUACUUCUGUUUCUGUUUCGGGCGCUCCUCCAGAAAAAAUCGCGAGGUAUCUCGCAACACUUCCCCACUCUUCCAAUUACAAAGGGCCGAUUAUAAACCCGAAUUUGUUGAUAAAUGCCAUUAUCAAAAACAAUAACAUUUCAAUACCUACGGUACGAGAUAGAAGCCCGGCCAGGACUGAAGGUCGAGGUCGUGUACGUCAAACGGAAACGUUUGGCAAGCAAAGGGCGGCGGCCCGGGAAUCAAUCGCCCACCAGAAUUCGAUCUGUUCCGGGCCCGACAGGCGAAACGGGCUCGUGGACACUGAGAACUUGUCACACUUAUGA